AUGGUAAAGAAAGUUUUACUAAUUAAUGGACCUAAUUUAAACUUGUUGGGUACUAGAGAACCAGAAAAAUAUGGAACCACUUCAUUAAAGGAUAUUGAAAAGGCUGCCAAAGACCAAGCUGCAUCUAAGGAAGAUGGUUCUGAAGUUUUAACUUUUCAAAGCAAUACUGAAGGUUUCAUUAUUGAUAGAAUUCAUCAAGCUAGAGAAGAAGGUGUUGGAUUCAUAGUUAUAAAUGCAGGUGCCUAUACUCAUACUUCUGUAGGUAUAAGAGAUGCCUUGUUAGGUACUGCUAUUCCCUUCAUUGAAAUUCAUAUUACCAAUGUACAUCAAAGAGAACCUUUCAGACAUCAAUCUUACUUCAGUGAUAAAGCCGUUGCGGUCAUUGCUGGUUUAGGUGUCUACGGUUAUACUUCAGCAAUAGAAUAUGCAUUGAACUACUAA